AUGAUAUAUAUCCCUUAUAAAAUGCUUAGAGACGAGGUAUUAAAAGCAGAAGACCAGCCAUGGAUAGUUAAUCAAAUUUUACAUAACUGUUCUGAUGCGAUUGGAUUCAUUGACUUGUAUCUAAAAAGGAAUCCUGAGUGUGUUCAAGAAUGUUUUCUGAAGUACUACAGCAAAGUUUCAGUUGAUUCUCAAGCAAUACUUUACGAAAAAUGCAGGGUGUCUGUAGACAAUGAGGAAUUUGAGAAGAGAUGUAUGCAAAUGUAUUGUAUAGAGAGACAAUCUGAUGUUUGUCUUGAUGUCAUAAGAUGCUCGAGGAGUCCUCGGAUGAUGUUUAAGAUAGUUGGGAAAUGCUUCCUAGAGGGCAUUAAUAGAUUGCCUGAUCAGGAUUUAUUUUUUACAAGAUGUGUGGUUAUGGCAUUAAGAAGCCAUACAAUAGAAGCUGAUGACAUGAGCCUUUUAAUAAAAGGAGUUAAUAAGCAUUUUAUUGAUGGACGUAGGAAGUAUUAUGAACAUGGAGCUAUUGUUGCAAGUGUUUUGAUGGACAGUGCGGAUUUUAAGAUAGCAGCAAUGGAAGAAGCACAAAAAAUGCUUGAUGAUCUUCCAGAGCAUAUUCUAUGCAAGUAUAAAUGUGAUUUUAUGAAUCCAAAUGAUGUAUUUUGUAAUUAUACGAGAGUGGAGAACGAUGUAAAUGAAAUUAGGUUGUUAUGGAAGCCAAGAUAUCUCCAAGAUGCAAUUAGGAUAAUUUCUGAAGAAAAAUACAGAGACAAGAUAGAAGCAAGCUUCCGAUGCUUUCGUGAUCUUGUGCAAAGUGCAACUGAAAGAGUGAUACAGAAUAGAUGCAAAGAAGCGCUUGAUGUUCUUAUCUGUUAUGACGGAUGCGAGGAGUACAAGAUUGAUGCCAUUUCAUCAUUAUUUGAAAGAUCAUUUGACUAUUUGGUACAAGAUGGAUUGAAUAGUUUAUUUGAAGCAAAGACUUGUUUAAGGCAUAAACUAUUACUAGCGUUUACUUUCAAAAGGCUUGUGGAGACAGGAACGUAUGUGAAUGCCAAAUAUCUGCAUGAAAAUAUUAAGUUUAUGCUAAGCAGGGCAGAUAAUGUUCCUAAUGUGCUUGCAAAUGUAAUGUGGGAUGCAGUUUUCCAAGGGAUGAGAAGAAUUGGCAAAUCGCCUGAAAAUCACAAUGGAAGUGCAAGGAUGUGCUUAAACCCAAUUUGA